CAGCAAAUUUUGAUUCUGUGUUAAUUGCUAUUUACUCGGGUUCAAGUUAAAGCAGUCCCAUUAGAUAUAAAACAGCCAGAGACCAAUAAAGCUGGAGGAGGAAGGUUAAGGAAGGGUUUAAAUUUGCUUUAGCUUUGGGGAGGUGUGGUUUGUUGUGGGUUCUUUGGGCACAGGAAGGCUCCAGUGAUGCUCAGGUGCCUGAGGGUGAAGGCGGCGGGAGGCGCAGCUGUGCCCGUGAGGCCGCGUGUGCGGAGCUGUGUCCAGCUGGGCCCAGCAGGAGCGGGAUGUGCCUGUGGAGCAGGGCUGGAGGCGGCCCUGGGGAUGUGUGGAGGCCUGGGGCAGCUGUCCCGUGCAGCCAGGCUGGGAGAGCCGGGGCUGUGCAGCCGGGAGAGGAGCAGGGGCUGGGGAGGCCUGACUGUGGCCUUCCAGUGGCCAGAGGGGGCAGAGAGCCAUGGGGGAAAGGGAAGGUUGGGAUCAGAUGUUUGCAAGAGCUAGGAGGGUGCUGAGCCAGUGCAACAGGCUGCCCAGAGAAGCUGUGGAUGCCCUGUCCCUGCAAGGUUCCAGGCCAGGCAGGACAGGGCCCUGAGCACCGCGAUGGAGCCAGCGGCAGCAGAACCAGGCCAUGGCUGCGGUGCCUCCAUGGCCUUCUGCAACUCCAUGGGUGAGCAAAGCGCAGCCCCGUUACCUGGGCAUGGAAUGUUGGCACCGGUUGCCAGGGGCACUCCUGCUCCCAAGGUUCUGUUGACACGGAGUCUCUUGAGCCAGUUGACGGAUUCUCUGCUGCGCAGCAGACGUGGAGAGUCCGUCUUCUGCAUCUCAGCUGCGUACAGAGAGCCGUGUGCUGAAUUUGCCAGCCAAACUCUGCAGUGACUGAACAGGUUUGGAACAGCAGUUUUCAGUCACGCCAAAUAAUCGGCAGUGGGCUACCCAAAGGAACCAAAGGGAUUGAUCCCAUCCCUGAGGUUCCUUUUUUGGUGUUGGUCCCACUUCCUUUGCCGGUACCUUUAGAUCCAAAAACACCAUGAGCUCCGGUCAGCGAAAGCGCCCUGGAGAGGCGCUGGAUUCUACCCCAGCUCAGAAACGGAGCAGGCUGCUGCCCUCCAGAGCUGGUGGAACCUUGGAGACAGAGCCAAGAGAGGCUGAAGUCAUAGAUCUCACAGGAGAUUCUCCAGAGCCUGAAGUCAUCACCAUCAGCGAUGAUGAAUCUCCUGUGCAGAGCCCACAGCAGCCACAUCUUUCCAGGGCCUCGGAGAAUUCACCUGAGCCACUGGAAAGGAACGAUGGAGAGGAACCAAGAGAAGAUGAUGGUGAUUGGCUGCUGUUUGAAUUUGAUCCUCCCUAUUGGUCAGAUGAGGACUCCCAGUACAGAGAGCAGAACCAGCAGCACUCUCAGCUUUCCAGAUUAGCUGAGAAUUCAGCUGGGCCCCUGACAACUCCUGAUGAAGAGGAACCAAGAGUUAAUGAUGGGGCACAGCCAGCAGAUCCUGCUAGUCCUCUGACUACGGAGGAUGACAACUCAGAGGAGCAGGACAGGGAGCUGAGACAGCUGCACUCACAGGAUUCCAGGGAGGCAGAGAAUUCAGCUGAGCUCUGGCCAAGAGAUGAUGAGGAGGAAUCACGAGACAAUGAUGAUGCAUGGACAGCAAGUCUCAUCAGUCCUCCAAGUCCUGAGGAUGACAACACAGAGGACUGGGAGGAGAGCCAGCAGUAUCCAUCUGAUUCCAGAUCAGAUGAGAAUUCAAACCAAGGACUGGCGAGCAGACUUCAACAGGAGCCAAGAGAUCUAGAAUUUGCACCGCCAGGAGGUCCCAUUAGUCCCCCGAAUUGGGAGGAUGACAACGCAGAGUUUCCUGAAGUGCAUGGAGAAGAACAGAGAACUGCUGCACUGAACAGCCAGGAACAGGUGGAUGGCUCUGCUGAUGGCACAGGAGCUAAUGAUGCACCUGUGGCUGAUGCAGCCCCUGCAGAACACGGAGCAGAGGAGCAUGCUGGAACUUCAGCUGCAGAGCCAGGAGUUGUCAUUAGCUGUCCAAUUUGCAUGGACUAUUACUCAGAGAUCAUGCAAAAUGGACGACAGCUUGUGACAACUGUGUGUGGCCACGUGUUCUGCAGCGCGUGCCUCCCUGCUGCCCUGGAGAACACCGGCAUGUGCCCAAUGUGCGGCGUGCAACUCGAUCCAGGGUUGUACUUUCCUAUUUAUUUAUGAGUGCUUCUGCUGCUCAGGACAGUCUCAGGUGGACCUCGAAGAACAGGCGGUGCAGAGGCUUGCUUCUUUCUGUAUAUAGUUUUCUCUGUACAUAGUUUCAUGUUUUCUGCGUUCAGUUAUACAUAAAGUUUUGAUUGAUUUAAAUCUA